AUGACGAAUGUGACAGCUCUAGUUCCCAAUCUUCAACGUGGUCAUCGUUCUGUCUGUCAUCAGUGUUGCCAAUUCCUGCCAGACGCCAGCUCUCGCGCCUUCCAGGUCCUGGCGACCAAUGGAACAGGACCUCAGUUCCUUCGGUAUAUCGACAAGGCUGGCCGUCUUCUAUGGUGGAUCGUCUUGCGACUCUUGUUCGGCUUGUAUCGCUUUUCUCGGAGAAGCCAGUGCGUCCGUGGCAGGAAGUACUACGGCUAUUCAACCUCGCAACUACCGUAUCGCACCCUCUCUGGUGUCUAUGGAUCUUACUUGGGUUUGUUCCUCAAUUGCACCGCGCUCAUGGCGACCGUUGACGUCAGCUUGUUCCCAUUGGGCGGCAAGCCUGCUGCGAAGGUCUUCUUUGAGAAUCAUCUGGCUGUCCGAUUGUGA